CAAAAUCUUCAAUUUUGGCUUAAAGUACAAACCGAUCAUGGCUUUUAUAAAACCCAGUUUUUCUUUUGAAGCCACCAGCCGUGACCACAAUGGCUUUAAUCACAUCAGUGUUUUUUAAGCCUAGCUCCUUACUUUUUUCACCUCGUCAAAGAGUAACAACGAGAACUAGGCCUUUCGCUUGCAAAGUCCAAAACUCGGGAUUUAAUCAAGCACAGAGAAAGCAGAGUCCUUUGCAUUCAAGUUUUGUAACUCAGUCGGCUUUGGCUAAUGGGGUGUCAGUUGUGGCAAAAGAAGCAGACCAAGAAGGGAAACCCCAGUGUAGAAUUCUGUUAUCUGAUAUUGUGGUGCAAAAUAGGAGGGAGGUGUUUUGGAGGACAAAUUGGAACGCUUUGGAUAUAGCCUCUGCUGGUAUCGUUUUAGCCACGCAUUUGCUCGGCCUUUGUGCACCUUUUUAUUUCACUUGGAAUGCCUUUUGGGUUGCUGCGGGACUCUAUCUGGUAUCAGGAUUGGGGAUUACGUUGUCUUUCCAUAGGAAUCUUUCUCAUAGAAGCUUCAAGCUUCCAAAGUGGCUGGAGUACUUGUUUGCUUAUUGUGGAGUUCAAGCACUUCAGGGGAACCCAAUUGAUUGGGUAAGCACACACAGGUACCACCACCAAUUUUGCGAUUCUGAAAGAGAUCCUCAUAGCCCCAUUGAAGGGUUUUGGUUUAGCCACAUGAAUUGGCUCUUUGAUUCAAAAACUGUUGCUGAAAAGCGUGGAGAAUCAAGCAAUGUUGGGGAUUUAGAGAAGCAACCCUUCUACAGGUUCCUUCAAACUACCUAUCUUCUCCAUCCAAUUGCAUUUGGAGUUCUGCUAUAUGCCCUUGGUGGGUUUCCAUUCCUGGUUUGGGGAAUGGGUGUGAGGAUUGUAUGGGUAUACCACAUCACAUGGCUUGUAAAUUCAGCUUCCCAUGUAUGGGGGAAGCAAGCAUGGAAUACUGGUGAUCUAUCCAAAAACAAUUGGUGGGUGGCAUUGCUUGCGUUUGGAGAAGGUUGGCACAACAACCACCAUGCUUUCGAGUACUCGGCCCGACACGGUCUAGAAUGGUGGCAGUUGGAUCUGACAUGGUAUGUAAUCAAAUUCCUUCAAGUUAUUGGGCUGGCAACUGAGGUUAAACUACCUUUUCAAGCUCACAAGCAAAGGAUGGCUCUCAACAACAGAGGUGUCGGAACCAUUCUAGUCUAAUCUUCACACCUUCAUUUGCAGGAGUUUGGUUAACUGUGAUGACCUCUUAACUCUGAACUACAUAUAUCUCUGGAAUCUUUUCCCUGAAUUAAAUUAUCAACACCCCCCCUGCCCCUA